AUGGAGUUCUCCUUGAUUUCUGAGGACACAAAAUGGUGGGUCUUCACUCUGCCAGCCAUUCUUGAAACCCAAAACUUACGCAACACCUUGCUCUUUUUCUCCGUCUUCAUGGCAAUUAUAAUUGUUAUACUCAUCAACUGGGCUUUCUCCACUGGUGGACCAGCUUGGAAAAAUGGCAGGAACCAUAUGGGCCGUGCCUCAAUCCCCGGGCCUCGAGGCCUUCCCAUCUUUGGCAGCUUACUCAGCCUAAGCCACGGCUUGGCUCAUCGCACUCUCGCAUCCAUGGCUUUGAGCCAAGCCGCCUCAAUCCCGCUCAUGGCUUUCAGCUUGGGCUCGACACCAGCUGUCGUGGCCUCGGACCCACACACGGCCCAAGAGAUCCUAACCUCUCCUCACUUUGCCGACCGUCCAAUCAAACAGUCGGCUAAGCAGCUCAUGUUCAGUAGAGCCAUUGGGUUCGCGCCCAAUGGGCCAUACUGGCGGCUCUUAAGAAAGAUUGCCGCAUCACACCUGUUUGCACCAAAGCGCAUAAUAGCCCAUGAGCCUGGACGCCAGCUAGAUUGCGCUGCCAUGUUGAUUGCCAUAGCCCAAGAACAAUGUCUCCAUGGCGCUGUAGUUCUAAGAAAGCACCUUCAACUUGCUUCUCUGAACAGCAUAAUGGGACUCGUGUUCGGAAAAAAGUACGAUCCAAUGCACGAGUCUGACGCCAGAGAACUGCAUGAGAUUGUGAGAGAAGGGUUUGAGCUCUUAGGAGCUUUUAACUGGUCUGAUUAUCUUCCAUGGUUGAAGUACUUUAAUGAUCCUUAUCGUAUUCAUGAACGUUGUUCAGCUCUCGUUCCUCGAGUGAAAACCCUGGUUAAACAGAUUAUUGAAGAACACCAAUCUGGUAAACCCUCCAAGAUAUCGAAUGACUCUGAUUUUGUCGACNCAGCUCUCGUUCCUCGAGUGAAAACCCUGGUUAAACAGAUUAUUGAAGAACACCAAUCUGGUAAACCCUCCAAGAUAUCGAAUGACUCUGAUUUUGUCGACAUUCUGCUGUGUUUGGAGGGUGAAGAGAAGCUCCAAGAGGAUGAUAUGGUGGCUAUUUUAUGGGUAAAACACCAAUCUGGUAAACCCUCCAAGAUAUCGAAUGACUCUGAUUUUGUCGACAUUCUGCUGUGUUUGGAGGGUGAAGAGAAGCUCCAAGAGGAUGAUAUGGUGGCUGUUUUAUGGGAGGUGGCUCAUCCUGUUGAUCUGACUGAGUUGCUUAAGCUUUCUUGUGAGAUGAAGAGUCCUCUUGUGGCCGUGGCUAUUACUAGGACCGAAAAGUAA